AUGGAGAAUCCGUCUCUGCAUGCCUUGCUUCUGCUCUCCGACUCUCAGCUUCCCCUCGGAUCGUUCGCCUUCUCCUCCGGAUUGGAGUCUUUCCUUGGACACAAGAAGCUAUCGAAUACCCAUCUUUCUUCUUCUGCGUCGGCCAGGAUAGCUGCGUUUCAAGGCUUUCUGGAGCAGUCCGUGGCGAAUGUAUCCUCUACAGCUCUACCAUACGUCCUCGCGGCUCAUCGCAAACCAGAAACGCUACAAGACCUCGACAACGACUUCGACGCCAGCACGCCCUGUACAGUAGCUCGAAGAGCCAGCAUAACGCAAGGCAAAGCAUUGAUCGCACUCUGGGAGAAAGCACUAUCCUCCUCAGCCAGCACGACUUCUUCAGCAAGUAAGGAAGUCGCCAACUUCGCCGCGCGCCUGAAAAGCAACACUCCAGAUUCAUUUGGCCUCCAACUCCAAGCCCACUUCCCGGCUCUCUUCGGCGCCGUAUGUGCAGCUCUGGGACUCUCCGCCUUCGACACGUCGUACAUGUUUCUCUUGAAUCAUGCGAAAGCUGUGCUCUCCGCGGGCGUUAGGGCGAGUGUCAUGGGGCCUUAUCAGUCGCAUACUAUCAUGGCGAGUGCGAAUCUGCAACGCUGGAUUCAGGAUUGUAUAGCACGAGAGGCUACCGUUGGAGAAGGAAAUGGUGUCGAAAGAGCUGCUGUGACGGUGCCGACGAUGGACUUGUGGAUGGGUAGGCAUGAGUUGCUGUAUUCCCGCAUCUUCAAUUCGUGA